CAGAUGGAAUUUAGAGUAGACACACAGACGGUAGCGAUUUCAUGCACAAUGGAUUUGGUAAAUGUGAGGAAGGACGCACAUUUGGGGAAAAAUCACGUCAUAUUUAAUCUCCAGCCUGAUCUGGGUAAAUAAUGUUAUGGAAACCUUGGCUCUUGCAUAAUCCGCUCGGCACUGGGGGCUCCGGUCUCCCAGACCGCAUUCCCCUCUCCCGCCUGAAGAUGGCGACAAACUACAUUGCAGGCGGCGCUGCUGUCCGGGGUGCUGAAUCCCAGCGAGGAAAAGUCGCAGCCAGGACUCACUCACGGCUCUCAGUGACUGAAACUCUACCUGUCCCUACACAUUCUGCAACAAGGCUACAUUUCCUUAUGUGAGAGCUUGGUUCUGUGGCUUUAGUAGCCAUUGGGUUUCUAUGUGAUUGGGUGCAGAUAUGUGGUCCUCCAGCUGUGUUUUAGCUUUAGGCAGAAAGCGGGCAGGGCAGCAACAGCUGGAGGGCACAGACUGACACACUUUGUCUGUGGGAUCAGACACAUCCAGCCUGUAUUACAUGUACUGAGUGCCACUGGAUACAAGUGAGGGCACUAAUGCAAAACUCUAGUGUCAGUCUCCCAAGCUCCGCCUGCCUGACUGAUGAAAGAAAGUAAAACACAAUACCAGCACAGCAAGGGGGCAAUACUCCCACACUGCCUUGCACUUCUGUGGCCAGAUAUUGGUGGAAUUGCCUUUUUUCCCCUUCUGGGUUUCAGUUGCCAAUGUUAGCGCUGGAAGAGAUGGAUUGUAAUGAGACAGAUGCCUCCAUCACAGAGCCCUAGUGCCCAGCUCCCAGACUGGCGACCCCACACAGCAGCUGACGCACUCGCUUGCUUCUAAACAGUGUGGGACUUGCAACUCGUCAGCAGUCGCCAAUGAUUCGCAGGAGCAAGAAACGGAGGCUGGAGAGGUAUCUGGUGUUACUUGGGAAACUAUGCCUACUGUAAGGAAGCGAAAGGCUGGAGUGGUGCCCAAGGAGAAGUAACACACAUGGCAUCUCUAGUCUUAGCCCGACUCCUCUGCCUGGUCCCUUUCUAGGCUCGGCUAUGGAUGCUUUAAACAACACUACCUCUUCGGACCACACUCCAGAGACGGGCAAUGUUACGGAGCCGGAGGAGGUAGCCCUGAGCUACCAGAUCGUCACUUCUCUCUUUCUAGGGACGCUCAUUCUAUGUGCGAUUUUUGGCAACGCGUGUGUGAUCGCAGCCAUCGCCUUGGAAAGGUGUCUCCAGACUGUGGCCAACUAUCUCAUAGGCUCCCUGGCUGUCACCGACCUGAUGGUGUCGGUGCUGGUUUUGCCCAUGGCUGCACAUAACCAAGUACUGAACAAGUGGACUCUGGGGCAGGUAACCUGCGAUAUCUUUAUCUCUUUGGACGUGUUGUGUUGCACGUCGUCUAUUUUGCAUCUGUGCGCAAUUGCGCUGGACCGGUACUGGGCGAUCACCGACCCCAUAGACUAUGUGAAUAAGCGAACUCCCAGGCGGGCUGCUGUGCUCAUUAGUAUCACUUGGAUAGUAGGGUUUUCCAUCUCCAUCCCACCCAUGCUAGGCUGGAGGACCCCUGAAGACAGGUCCGACCCCAAUGCGUGUAAAAUCAGCGAAGAUCCCGGUUACACCAUUUACUCAACUUUCGGUGCGUUCUACAUCCCGCUCAUCCUCAUGUUGGUGCUGUACGGGAAGAUAUUUAAGGCAGCCCGGUUCAGGAUCCGAAAAACUGUCAAGAAGGCAGAAAAAAAGAAAGUGGCAGACACCUGCUUGUCGGUGUCGCCAGCAGUCGCGGAGAGGAAAAGUAAUGGGGAACCCAGCAAGAACUGGAAGCGGACUGUCGAACCAAAGCCCAGCGCUUGCGUCAAUGGGGCAAUAAGGCAUGGGGAGGAUGGGGCUGUCCUGGAAAUUAUCGAGGUCCACCAUUAUGUGAACUCCAAAAGCCACCUGGACCUGCCAAACCAUGCCCACGACAUGGCAGUAGCCCCCUGCUCUGAGAAGAGGAACGACAGAGCUACAGACGCAAAGAGGAAAGUGGCUUUGGCCAGGGAACGUAAAACUGUCAAAACCUUAGGUAUUAUAAUGGGCACCUUCAUCUUCUGCUGGCUGCCCUUCUUCAUUGUAGCUCUUGUUUUGCCUUUCUGUGAAACAUGCCACAUGCCACACUUGUUGUUCGAUGUUAUAAACUGGCUUGGCUACUCCAACUCCCUGCUCAACCCUAUCAUAUAUGCUUACUUUAACAAAGAUUUCCAAAGUGCUUUUAAGAAAAUCAUCAAGUGCAAAUUCUGUAGACAGUGAACGCCCCUUGGUAUUGUCUGACUCUCACCCUAUGCCAACAUCCAUGCCUGCUGCCCUCAUUAUUCAACCAGUACAUGGAAGAGGGUUCAAUGUGAUCAGCACUUGGGAACUUUAGGAAAAGGACCUUUAUUAGCCAAGCAGAGGAGCAAGUACCUUUGUAACAUACAGUACAUGGCUGCCUUUUGUCAGAAUAGAUAUCAUGUCCAAAAAAAACUGUCCUAAAUUAUUUUUUUUUCUCUCAGUUGCCCAAUAUGGUCAUUAAAUGAUUUACAAUGUAAAGUCUUCUGAAUCUCUUUGCCAGGAUCAAGUGCUAUUAAGGUGAUUCUUCUGAUUCGUUGAGGAUAGGAGAACAUGCCAGGACAGCAUGGUACAGUAGCAGUGAAUCUGCCCCGCCACUGGCGUUACAUAAUAGCUGGUAAGCCAUUCUCAUGGCCAGGUAGUGUGAGAAGGUUGGGCAGACGUGACCUCUGUAAGCCAUAUUUACCAACUCAGAAACAAAACAUGAUCAAAACCAUCCUAUGCAUAAACUCAGCUCUCACUGCUUAUUAAACAGAAGCAAGAUUGUCUUAAAAGACACCCUAGAACAGUGAGUAUUGUAUGUAGAAAUGUAAUUCUGAGCUGAAUGUACAGUAUGAUAUCACAAUAUUUGCUGGUUACAUCACAGGUUUAUUGGAAAUAAUAAACUUUGCUCUGCCGUGCAAACCAGUCA